UGGGCGGGGUCCGAGCCGCUCCGGCCCCUUCAAGGGCAGAGCCGAGCAGUGAAGGCUGCACCACCCCAGCGCACUUGUGCGCGCACUGAACCGAUGCUGCGACCCCACGCGUCCGCGAGUUCCAGUCCUGGAGCACACCCGGCCSAGCGGCCCACGGGACCCUUACAGAAGCUGAGAGCGCGAGCUGGGCGGGUGCCGCCGGUUAAAGCGUAGCUCCUGCUCGGCGGCCGCCGACUGUCCCGGCACUGGGACCCACCUUCCCAGGACAAUCACAGAUUGUGUGUGGCUGGCUGGCUCUGGUUGCAGACUGCAYUGUAUCCUGUCACUUCUGGGCAUAAGGAAAAGUGGAUUGUCCCAUUCCCCUCCGUGGACAGGAAGACUUGAGCUGAAAUAUGUGGCGUAUCCUUCAAGGCUGGAGCCAAGGGUGCUUGGGCCGUCGGGGAGUCCUGGCAUGGGCAACCCUGGGGCAGCCAGGGCCUCUGGGUAGCAGAGCCUGGACUAGCACUGGCUCGCAGAUCGGGGAUGAGCACAGCUACGUGGUGGUGGGCGCAGGCUCGGCGGGCUGUGUGCUGGCCAAUCGGCUCACCGAGGACCCUGCAGAGCGGGUGCUGCUGCUGGAGGCAGGGCCCAAGGAUGUGCUGGCUGGGAGCAAGCGGCUCCUAUGGAAGAUCCACAUGCCCGCAGCCCUCGUGGACAACCUGUGUGAUGACAAGUAUAACUGGUACUACCACACAGAGCCGCAGCCGGCCAUGGACAGGCGUGCACUGUACUGGCCGCGUGGCCGCGUCUGGGGUGGCUCAUCAUCCCUCAAUGCCAUGGUCUACAUCCGUGGGCACGCUGAGGACUACGACCGCUGGCAGAGCCAAGGCGCUGAAGGUUGGGACUAUGAACACUGCCUGCCCUACUUCCGCAGGGCACAGGGCCAUGAGCUGGGUGCCAGCCAGUACCGUGGCGGCGAUGGCCCACUGCGUGUGUCCAGAGGCAAGACAGGCCACCCACUGCACCUGGCAUUCCUGCAGGCGGCACAGCAGGCCGGCUACCCGCUCACCGAUGACAUGAAUGGCUUCCAGCAGGAGGGCUUUGGCUGGAUGGAUAUGACCAUCCACGAAGGCAAGCGCUGGAGUGCAGCCUGUGCCUAUCUGCACCCAGCACUGAACCGCCCCAACCUCAGGGCUGAAGUCCAGACGCUUGUGAACAGGGUGCUGUUUGAAGGCAACCGUGCUGUGGGUGUGGAAUACAUCAAGAAUGGCCAGAGCCACCGGGCUUAUGCCAGCAAGGAGGUGAUCCUGAGCGGGGGUGCCAUCAACUCUCCACAGCUGCUCAUGCUUUCAGGCAUUGGGAAUGCAGAUGACCUCAAGAGACUGGGCAUCCCUGUGGUGUGCCACCUGCCUGGAGUUGGCCAGAACCUGCAGGACCACCUGGAGAUAUACAUCCAACAGGCCUGCACCCACCCCAUCACCCUCCACUCAGCCCAGAAGCCCUUAAGGAAGAUCUGCAUUGGACUGGAAUGGCUGUGGAGAUUCACAGGGUACGGAGCCACAUCCCAUCUGGAAACGGGUGGGUUUAUCCGCAGCCAGCCUGGGGUCUCCCACCCAGAUAUUCAGUUCCAUUUCCUGCCAUCCCAAGUGAUUGAUCAUGGCCGGGUCCCCACCAAGCAGGAGGCUUACCAGGUACACGUGGGGCCUAUGCGGAGCCCAAGUGUGGGCUGGCUCAAACUGAGAAGUAAAAAUCCCCAGGACCACCCAAUAAUCCAACCCAACUACUUGUCCACAGAAACAGAUAUCAAAGAAUUCCGUCAGUGUGUGAGGCUGUCCAGGGAAAUUUUUGCACAGGAAGCCCUGGCUCCCUUUCGGGGGGAGGAACUCCAGCCAGGAAGCCACGUUCAGUCCGAUAAGGAGAUAGAUGCCUUUGUGCGGAGAAAAGCUGACAGUGCCUACCACCCCUCAUGCACCUGUAAGAUGGGCCAGCCCUCCGAUCCCAUGGCUGUGGUGGACCCAAAGACCAGGGUCCUGGGGGUAGAAAACCUCAGGGUCGUUGAUGCCUCCAUCAUGCCCAGCAUAGUCAGUGGCAACCUGAACGCCCCCACAAUCAUGAUUGCAGAGAAAGCAGCCGACAUCAUUAAGGGGCAGCCUGCACUCUGGGACAGGGAUGUUCCUGUCUACAAGCCUAAGACCUUGGACACCCAGCGUUAAGACAGCCACUGCCUCAGGAUGACCAGAGAGGCCCCCAGCACGCUGACAGGACCAAUCAGCCGCCCUUCCUCCAAAUGUUGCCAGAAGCCACCUGGAACACUGGGACCUAGGUAGCCCUACUCGGUGGCUGAGAACUGGAUAAUGUCUCAGGAAAUGAGACUAGUUCUAGUCAGUAUGUCGAGUUGUUCUCCUCCAGCAUUUUGAUAUAGUCCUUUGGGGGAAGGCCACUGUGUAGCCUGGGACCCUGCCUCCUGGAGGACAGCGGAGGUGAUAGGGAAACGUGAACUGCCACAUUCUCAUCCUGUAUCCAUGUGGUCUUCUCCAACGCAGGGUCCUGCUGCCUCGAGCAGAAUGCUUUCUUCCAGGCUUCCCCCUAAGAGGACAGGGUGGUUUGCCCAGAUGUGGUAAGCUUGCACUGAGCYCCCCAAGGAAGGGUAUCAUCCUGUGUCUUGAGCUUUACCCGAGGCUGCAAGUCACAGGAGUUAGCUCAGCCCAGGCUGGCACCGAAUCCUGAGGAUCCCUGGGCAGAGGGAAAGUUGCCAUCUGACUUUUGUCUUUCCCUAAUCCUGAUUUUACUGUCAGAGGGAGGGCCCCCUCCGUAGUGUUCUGAUUCUUAUUAAACAGUCCCGAUGAAAGGCUUUCUGGACCUCAUUCAAGGAGGGAAAGGCACUUUGGUCUUAUUACCAAGAAACACAGACUCCUAGAGCCAACUCCACGUACCAGGUCA